CCUGUUCCUUACCGGUGCAGAAUGAAUGAAAGAGAGUGAACUGUCUUUGAUAAUAGAUAAUCUUUGUGCGACGGGAAGUUGUACGGAAGUGUUUGACGUGACAAUUAGAGUUGUAUGAGCAGGGCUACUUAUCCCUGCACCUGUAGGACCUCAGCUCAGUUUAAACAGUGUGUGUUAGGCCACAUGGAGAAGCGACAGCAGAUGAUAGACACCCUCCAGCUGACCAUAGACAGUCGUAAAAACGAGCUGCACAGUCUGAGUCAGGACAUUUGGAGCCGUCCUGAACUCGCUGGUGAUGAAACAUAUGCGCACGACAGGUUGGUCCGCUUCUUCUCUCAGGAGGAGCAGACAUGGACGGUCCAAAGCCACUACAAGCUGCCGACCGCGUUCCGGGCCAGCUGGGGUCCGGUCGGAGGCCGGGAGGGCGACCCGGUGCUGAACGUGGGGUUCCUGUGCGAGUAUGACGCGCUGCCGGGUAUCGGGCACGCAUGCGGGCACAACCUGAUAGCAGAGGUGGGAGCUGCGGCCGCUGUGGGGCUGAAAGCUGCUUUAGAAAACCAGACUGAACUACCUGCCCCAGUGAAGAUAACUGUUCUGGGAACACCUGCAGAGGAGGAUAUAGGAGGAAAAGUCGACUUGAUCAAGGCGGGAGCCUUCGCCGACGUCGACCUCGUCUUCAUGGCUCAUCCAGCUCAGCAGGAUGCCUCUUUCCUGCCCUGCAUCGCACUCGACGAGGUGUCAGUGAAAUACCACGGCAAAGCAUCUCAUGCAUCUUCAUACCCCUGGGAUGGAGUGAACGCCCUGGAUGCUGCUGUUCUGGCCUACAACAAUGUCUCUGUACUCAGGCAGCAGCUGAAACCAGAGUGGAGGCUUCAUGGCAUCAUCAGACAUGGAGGGGUGAAGCCCAACAUUAUCCCCGCCUACACAGAGUUAGAGUUUUAUCUGCGCACGCCGCUGGUUAAGGAUCUGUGUGACCUAAAGGCCAAAGCGGAGGCUUGCUUCAGAGCAGCUGCUAUGGCAACUGGGUGCCAAGUGGAAAUAACUUACCCGCACCAUGCCUAUUAUAACAUUCUGCCUAAUGCCACACUAGCAAGGCUGUAUGAAAGUAACGGAAAAGCUUUAGGGAUUCAGUUUCAAGAGCAGCCGGCUAACUUCUCUGGUUCCACAGACUUUGGCAAUGUAUCAUUCGUAGCUCCUGGUAUCCAUCCUUUCUUCUACAUCUGCACUGAUGCAUUUAACCACACAGAGGAAUACGCUGAAGCAGCAGGAGCUGAAAAGGCCCAGUUGUACACCCUGAGGACAGCCAAAGCCCUGGCUAUGACAGCUGUGGACGUAGUGUGCUGCCCUGAUCUCCUCAGGCAAGUAAGAGAGGACUUCAGCCUGGCCAAACUGAAACAGGAGACAUGACUUGAAGGCAACGAUUCAGCUCUGACAGCUUCAUAGAUACACCAACUUUAAUAAUAAUAUGGAAAAUAAUAAAGACGUUAAGGACAGUUAAGGUUGAAGGUCAGUGAGGAACAUUAUAUUAUAACAACAGAGCCCCUGAGUAUCUAAGAGACCACUUUCAUAGGGUGGUGUAGAGCUGGUGUUGCCGACCUGUCCAUUACAAACACUGGAACCUUUUCUGUUCUGUGGGGCCAGGAACUGGAUUGCACAGUAAUAUAAUGAGUAACAUCCACAGUUUUAAAACUAAGGUAAGGAAAUGGCUUAUGCAAAACUGAGAACUUAGAGCUGGCCAUAGACCUAGUUGCAUAUUUUAGGUCAUAUUUCAGAAGGUACUAUUAACUCUUGGCGUGGCAGUGUCAGUCUGAUGGUUGGUUCACCACUUUGGUCCAGACAGAAAUACUUAAACAACUAUUUUAUACAUCAAAAUAAUAUUAUGCAUAGACAUUCAUGGUCCCCAGAGGAUCUAAACAGUCUUCUGGUGUUUUAUCCAGCGCUAGCAGCAGGUCAAGUUUUCGCUUAUCCUGUGAAACGAUGGAUGGAUUUUGUAUAGACAUUCCUGAUCCCCAGAGUUAAUCUUGAUGUCUUUUCACCACCGCUUUUUAAGCGAAAUUUCUCAACAACUAGUGGGUAGGUUGUCAUGUACACAUAUAUGAUCUCUUUACUUGUACACUAGUGCCAUCAUCAAAACUAAUCACAUUUAAAUCAGCCUCAGUUGUCGUUUACAUUGGUGGUUAGCAUACUAACACACCAAGCUCAGUUAGCAUUUAGCUCAAAGCACCACUGUGCCUAAGUACAGGCUGCAGACUCUUGGUCUUAUUUUUUGAUUUUUGACCUGGUAUGAUUUUAUUGAUGAUGAUAUAGGUAUUUAUUGUGUUGAUAGCAUGAUGUAACCCAGUUUACAGUAUUUAACACUUAAAAUGUAUUAUUCUAUCCUUUACAUAUCCUUUACAUUUUCAUUUCACUUACGGGUGACGUCAUCUAAACCCAACUAAAUAACUGUACUAACAGUUAUUAUUCAGAAGGUAUUUUCCACUCUCAGCGAUAUGUCCCACUCUACCUGAUCAGAAGUAGCACUGCUUUGAGUUCUGCAUCUUUAAGCAGUUCAUUCACUGGUUUAGUUUUCUGGGCAUGCUCUCAGCAGCACACAGCUCAAUUCAUCGGUCACAGAUGUGGUGGAAAAUCAAGUUCUGGACAUGUUUUUGAUGUUUAAAUCCUUUUCAUGUC